AUGGCGAAACAGUCAGUAGCAGCUUUUCUUUGUCUUGUAUUUGCUUCUAUGCUCUUGUGCCUUACUACUGUAUGCACAGGUGCAGUGGUUGCAGAUGAAAUUGAACGUGGUCCCACUAGAAGAAGUCUAUUGGUGGACAGUCACACUGAGACUGGUAGCCCCGCCACCUGGUGUAUCGCUAAACCUUCUACGGACCAAAACAAGUUGCAGAGUAACAUCGAUGAAUGCUGCAAGCAUCCUCAGGUGGAUUGUAGUGUGAUCAACCCAGGUGGAAGAUGUUACGACCCUCAAAACUAUCCAUCUCAUGCUUCAAUGGCCAUGAAUCUCUACUACAAGGCCUUCGGCAAGAAUCCUUGGAAUUGUGAUUUCGGUGGCUCUGGUCUCAUUAUUACUCAGGACCCUUCUUGGGACAAUUGUAUUUAUGCAGCAUGA